GUUCAUUCCCUCUUCAGCAUCCUCGUGGAAGGGAACUCCGGUGUCCCUUCUCGGUGUUGUGUCUUAUCAGUGAUCGCUAAACAACUCGACAAAAUUUAACAGUACAGCCAAUGUUGCAACGUUGCACUUGACUAAAGAAAAAAUAUUGCAGGCAAUUCAAACGUAAAUAAAACCCUGAUUUAAUUAACAAAAAGGAAACAUUUGUAAAAUCAGCAAAAAGUAAAGAGGCAGUAAGUGACUGGUAGUCCGGAUAUAAGGCAAAAUGGAGUUGGAAAUCACUCAAAGAACAGUGUCACACAGGGUGACAAAAAUCACCAAGACUGAGGAGUACUUCAAGUCAAGUGAUAUGGCGAGCACCAAGCUCUUUGGAAAGGACCUGAGCCAGUAUGAGGAUGUGGACAUUGAUGACCUAUUGGAACAACUCUCGCCAGAGGAGCUGGAGAUGCUGGCUGGAGAGGCUGAUCCAGAUGAUUCUUUAGUCCCUCCUAGUGAACGUAACAGCUACAAGUGUGCAAAGGAAUCCACAGGCCCUCUGAACCGUAAGCACCUUAUAGACCACAUCAACGAUCAAGCCAUCAAUGAACCAGACCGACCAGAGCUUGUGCCAUAUGUUGCAGGAACCAUCAGAGGCAAGAAGUGGGUCCCUCCGCCACCUCCAGAACCGCAGGAAGAUGAAGAUGCAGUUGCCCAAGAAGUAGAAGUAGAUCUUGAUGAAGAGUUUGCAUCUGUCCUAAACACAGCCACUGAAGAUGAAAUUGUUGAUUUAGCUGCCAUCCUGGGCUUCCACUCUAUGAUGAACCAGGAGCAGUACCAUGCAUCACUUUUGAACAAAGGCAAGCCAGUUGGUGUUGGUUGGGGUGGUAUCACAAAGGCAACUAAAUUUAAAGCCCUCCCAGCUGAACCUCCCAAUGACACUGACCCAGAGGAGAGCAUCAAGAAGCUAAAGGAUGAUGACCCCAACUGCAAAGAACUUAACUUUAACAACAUUCGGACAAUAUCUGAUGAACAAUUUAAACGUCUCUUUGAUGCCUUGGAAAUGAACUCAAAAUUAGAAAGUCUCAGCAUGUCAAAUGUUGGGUUAUCAGAUCGACACUUGGAUGCUCUCAUCAAUGCUCUUGUUUCAAACAACACACUCAGGACGCUAAACUUGGAGACAAACAGCAUAAGUCCAGCAGGUAUCGUACGAAUCAUGGAAGCUCUUCUCAAAACGCAUUCCGUAGAAGAGAUCCGUCUGGCAAACCAGCGGGCAAGUGUUCUUGGUAAUAAGAUAGAGAUGCAGCUCACAGACAUCAUUGAACAAAAUCCUACAGUUCUACGUGUUGGCAUACACUUCGAAUUCAACGAUGCUCGCAAUCGCGUCUCCAAACACCUUCAAAAGAAUCUGGACACCUUUCGCGUUGGUGUCAGAGUACGCAGAAUCACAAGGAAGGUGACAACAGAGGGCGCAAGCUUUAGCUUCGUCCUGCCCUCUUCUAACUCCCCUCCAGCAUCCCCCCCACCCCCAUCACCCCUUCCCUCCCAGGAUGAGGUUAAUGAACUCCCUUCAGUAAAUUGGGAGAGGCAAGCAAUGGAAAGCUUAGAUAAUGAGGUGGCCUUUGAGGAUGAGGACUUUGAUGAUGUGGAAGAGGGGGAGUAAAGGUGAAUAUGAGGACUAGGAUUGACAUGAGAAAAACAGCUAUGCCCUACUGUUUUUUUUUCACUGUAGUGCUGCCACACAUGGUCAGACAUAAACCCAUUUUAUGCGAGUUGACGUACACAAAUCAAUUGAAGAAAAAAGACUGAUUGCACAUUCUCUAGCUUGAAAAUGGGAUUUGAAAAGCAGUGUAGUGUUCUUCAGAUUAGGUGCUGUUAAUAUGAAGGAAUUAGAUUCGUGUAGAAAUUUCCAGCGUGGAAUUAAUUAAAGAAUAUAAUUUAUGGUAACUGCAACUAAUGCAGUCACCAGUAUGAAUUUGGUUGAAUUACUCUGCUCUUUUCUUGUUACUGAGUAAAGAUGUAUGAUGUACCAUAUAUUAUCAGCCAUAAGUCAAUCCCAUUUUUUACCCAAAGCAUGUGCUGCAACUCAUAUCCAUUGUUUUACUGGAGCUAUGCAAUUAAAUAGCCUGGAAAAAACAUGGUAACCUGCUUACCAAAUUGCUGUACAAUUUAAGGUCAGUAUGUUCUUGUAUGGCAUUCUUUUUCAAUCCUUGCUAAUAAAAAGAUUAAUUAAAGGUUGGUAUUUUUCAUAUUCUAUUUACAGUACAGUAUUUUAUUCCUUUUAAAAGGUUUAUUUCAUUAAACUAUUGUCUUCUUAGUAUAUAUUUACAAUUAUUAUAAAUGUCUCUUAAAGUAAAGACAAAUCUGGUAGAGAACAUGCUGGAACCUAUACACUGGUUGCCUUGUGUGCUCUUGCAAGUAUUGUACAAUAUUUAUUAUCUAUUGUACAGUGCUGAUUAAUCCACUGUAAUGCUUGCCAGGUACCUAUGUGCCAAUAGCUUUGUGUUAUUGAAAGUAUUUUAUUUGUUCUCUGUAAUACUAUGCUACUUAACCCCAGUUAACAUUUUUCAUGAAUACAGUAUUAUUUUUUUAUAGUUUAUGUUCUUAUGUAAUUCCUAAGAGUAUAUGAAGGAUAUGGUAAUGCCUUGAAAUUACUACUCUUAUAAGGAAGAAAACACUAAACUCUUAAAGGUGAACCAGCACUUGGGAAAUAGGAAGCAAUUGGGUUCGAUCCAAGAAAGAAGCCUUUUAAUUAAAAUUACAUAUUGGUUACUUUACUGAGAAUUCUAACAAGUGUAGUGCACAGCAUGAAUUUAUCAUUGGUGUAAAUCUUGUGCAUGACUGGUGCAAGUUUAAGGACAGUCUUAUGAAUAUUUCCCAGAAUAUCAGAAACACUGUGAUUUGAGCAAGCCCAUUAGAGAAGUCAGAAUAUGACUUGUUUACUUGACACCUUGAAUUAUGCUAGAAUAUUAAUUCUGGUGCGAUCAAGGCAUACCUGAGAUUGGUUUUGAGAGUUUUCCUACUCUUACAGCCCAGCCUGAGGCCAAGCUUUUCUCCUGAUUGCUUGUUCAACCAAUCUGUUGCUGUUGGCAGCCCACUUGUUCACAUAACUAUCGCAGCCUGGUUGGUUUGGAACCUGGCGGAGGUAGUGAUCUGGUUUCCUCUUGAAAACUUCUACAUUUGUUGGAGCAGUAAUAAUAAUAAUAAUUUGUAUUUCUACAAAUACAUGUACAACAUAUACAGGCCUGAUUGAUACGAGGCACUGAGAAGAACAAUGAACUCGCCCAGUGUCACUUCUGAGAUGAUCACCUGCAAACAUUUCCAGUGUGUUUGCAACAAUAUCUUGGUAACCAACCAUACAGUUUUGAUUAAACUUGCAUCAUUUUAAAAACUGACAAACGUAAUUGUAUAGAAAACAAUUUUUUAUUCCUUCACACUUUUUGCUCACUAGUGAGUUUGUCAGGUUUUCUUCUCAGUGCUUCUUAUCAGCACAUUGAAUAGUCAACGACCACAGAUGUUAAAGGUAUUCUUUCAUUGAGCGCAUGGUGCCCUACUUUUUACUGAACCUAUUUUACACUUCCUCCCAUAUCUCACUCCAGUAUGUUAUGGAAGUUUGUAAAUUUGAAACUGGGUGUUCAAGUCUUCCACAAACAUAUCUGAUCUCUCUCUUUCCUUCACUUCAGAAAGUACAUUCCCAGUACUUUCAGGCAGUCCCUGUAAUUUAAAACAUUUCACUGGCACUACAAGGACAGUAAACAAUCUGUCUUUUUCCAGUUCUCACAUUUCUCUUGCCUUGAAUUUUUUUUUUUUUUAAAUACAUCGGCUGUUUCCCACCAAAGGAGGGUGACCCAAAAAGAAAGAACAAAAAAAAAAUGUGUAAAAUGGUGGCACACAGCAAAUGUAAGGUUUACAAAAAUUUGCAUGUGUAUAUACAGUACUUUGUCCUAUGCAGUAGGUUGGUAGACAGCAACCACCCAGGGAGGUACUACUGUCCUGCCAAAUGAGUGUGAAAUGGAAACCCUGUAAUUGUUUUACAUGAUGGUAGGAUUGCUGGUGUCUUUUUUCUGUCUCACAAACAUGCAGGGUACUUGGUAUAUCUUGCUACUUCCGCUAACACUUAGGUCACACUACGCAUGCAUGUACGUACAUGAAUAUAUAUACGUACCCUUCCAUUUUCUUAAUAGUUCUUGUUCUUGUUUAUUUCCUCUUGUCUCCAUGGGGAAGGGGAACAGAAUUCUUCCUUCUUAAGCCAUGCGUGUCAUAAGAGACGACAAAAAUGCCAGGAGCAAGGGGCUAGUAACCCCUCCUCCUGUAUACAUUACUAAAUUUAAAAAGAGGAACUUUCAUUUUUCUUUUUGGUCACCCUUCCUCGGUGGGAUACGGCCAGUUCAUUGAAAAAAAAAAUAUAUACUUUGUGCACAGAACAGUCCCCUACAUAUACAGUAUA